UUUUAAUUCUUUCAAGGAGCAACAUCGUAGAACAAAUUUUAUGUAAAUUCAUAUAAUAGUUGGAAUACAUUUGGUGCUUUGGUCCAUUUAGCCAUGGACAAGGACAGAAGUAGAACAAUUACUGAUAAGAAGACAUCACCUGCCGCACGGCGAUGUAAAAAACCAGAGACCUGCAUUCACUUGCGCAGCCAGCGACAGAAGCAGGGAAAUCCCUCCACCCAAGUGCUGUAUCGGGGCCCCAAUUUUCAGGCCCAUCGCAGCGACGAGGAUAUUUUCUUCGAUUGCCUGAGCAUCAGCGACACCGACUUUCCUCGAGAGGGUCAGAGCUGCAAGAAUAUUGAUAGCUGCAGAUCGAAACCGGCUAACAACGAACAGACUAAGCCCGUAAGCUGUAAGUCCACGUGCAGUGGUCAGGCGUCCGGCACUAGCAAAUAUGAUGAUCCGGAGGCUGUGCGAGCUGCCCUCAGACGUGCCGAGAAUGUGACACAAAUGCUGCUCAAGAACUUUGAGAGGAAUCAGGGUGAUAGUAAACGUCAAUGCAAUGCGACCCUGGAGAUAACAGCGCGUCUACUGACCGAUCCGAGGCCAAACGCCUCAAAAUGUCUGCAGGGCAGGCCAGUUACAGUGCAAAUGCCGUUGAGGUUCGAUCCAUGCUCGGGCCAAAUGGUCACAUGUGGUCCAUCCCAACCAGUUGACAAGUCGCAAAUGUCGGUGUGUUCGAAGAAUGCGUCUAAAGAUUACAGUUGCCCGGUAUCCACAUGUCACGCACACCAACCGGCCCCCGUGCCAGCACCCCUCCCAAUACCUGCUCCGGCACCUGCUCCACCACCUGCUCCUGCACCUGCUCCAGCACCCCCGCCAGCGCCAGAGUCAACAUCAAGCUCCGAUACGGAGCUUGUUCCCCUGCCCUUAGUAAUGCCCAUACCAAGCUCCGAACAAAAGCCCGCAACAGAGCCCGUAAAAGAGCCGGUACCUGUGGUACCUGUAACAGCGCCUCGAUCCGAACCAGAACCAGUUGAAUCCAAGACUUUGACACCGCUACUCGAGAAGUCGCCAGUCCCCUCCAAAAUAGAGGGACAACUGAAAAAGUAUUUUUUGGCGCUACCUCAGCAUAAGGAGUUCUCGAACUGCUCCCCGUGCCGCUUCGAUCCGAGCCCCAUUAUGGACGAGGACGGCAAUGUGUUUUGCCCAGGAAAUUGUGGAUGCUGUCAGUGUCCCUGGAAGCAACGUACUUUAGACGACAAUCGUGAACGCGUCAAUGUGAAGGUCUGCCGAUGCGUGCAGCGUGGAACCAUCUUCUCAAACUUUGACGAGCGCGACGCUUGCAGUCAGACAUCCUACUUUGACUUUUGUCCUUGUCGGGAGAAGGCUGAGGCCAAGUUUCUCGAGUUGUACGACAAGGAAAUGUGGAGUGAGCCAAAUUCGACGCGCGGUCGCGAGGUUCUGCUCUCAGAGAUCAAGGAGCUUAAGAUACCGCCGCAAGCCCACCAAUCAUAGACUUUCUCAACCUUAUCGCAAGCCCUGCUUCGUCGCCCAAUCAGUUCCUUGUUCCAUGGCUUUCUAAUUUCUAAAUUUAAUGUUCUUUCCCAUCAGAAUAAAAUGUGCAAAUCAUG